AUGUGGGGUAUCUCAUACUGGAUAUUCCCUGUAAUCGCCGGCUCUUGUUGGUUAAGUAUGCUGUUGGGACUUCUUCUGCAUUGGAUCAGCAGGGGUAGACCGCAUUAUGUGUCAAUGGACUCCUCUCAAAAGAUUGCAUACAUCAGCGACAUCGGCGCCGAUUCUCUAAAACCAUUGUUCAUCGCAGGCUGUGCCGCUACUACUGUCUUUCUAAACCUAUCCUUUUUUUCAGAACGCUUACUGCGCCACAAUGGUCGAUUGAUAAGGAAUUCUAGUACCUUUCAAAAUGUACUAGUGUGGCUCAGUAUUGCCUUCUCAUGUAUGGGUUCUAUGGGACUCAUUCUAUUAAGCGUUUAUGACACUAUAAGUCAUCCCGAAUUACACGAUAUAUUUUUAGCUUUAUUCAUCUCAGGAUACAUAAUCAGCGCUUUUAUGAUUUGCUGCGAGUAUCAACGCCUUGCUUACCGUAUGUAG